UUAGUCGUGAGAUGUGUUUUUCGUACGUUGUUAUGUAUACCGCGCACAAAUUUAUAUUUUUUUAAAUUAAAAUAAAUACUUAUUAAAAUGAUAAUACGCUGUGCCUGUAUAAAAGGCGCGCUUUCACGCCUUACAAGUCACAGUGGUUUCCGCCGACCGUUCGUGACCUUCAGACCAACAACCAUUAGCAGAGGCUUUAUCACAGUGCAUGGCUUACGUUCAAUACAAAAACAAAUAUUCGUGCCCACUGUGCGCGGUAAUGUGUGUCUGCGAAUAGCGAGAUUUCGUGGUAAUGUAAGCAAUAAUACACAGCAAGCUGAGAAAGUCACCAAAGUUAAAUUACAUAGAAAGGAUGUAAUACGACUUAUAGGCUUAGCGAAGUCAGAAAAAUUGAUACUUAUUGCGGCAAUGGGUUGUUUGGUGAUUUCUUCGGCUAUAACAAUGAGUGUACCAUUCGCAUUGGGAAAGAUAUUGGACAUAAUUUUUGAUAAAAAAGGAACGCAUACAGAGACCAUGGAGAAACUGAAAGAAUUUUCCAUAAUUCUGUUAGGCAUCUUUGUGCUCGGUGGUUUAACCAACUAUUUCCGGGUUUACCUCUUCAAUAGUGCUUCUUUACGCAUUGUGAAAGAUUUGCGCUACAGAGUGUAUCGGCGCAUGCUUUUACAAGAAACGGGCUGGUUCGACACAAAAGGGACCGGAGAACUGCUGAAUCGUUUAGUUAAUGAUACAUAUAUGAUAGGUAACUCAUUAAGUCAAAAUUUAUCGGAUGGCUUGCGCUCUACUGUCAUGAUUGUAGCGGGCACAUCUAUGAUGAUAUAUACAUCACCCAGUCUGGCCCUAGUUAGCACAUGUGUGGUACCAUGCGUCGCUGGUAUGGCUAUUGUAUACGGACGCUAUGUUCGCAACAUUACACGUAAUCUUUUGGACAAAUUUGCUAAUAUAUCAAAAUCUGUGGAAGAGCGUCUAGGCAAUAUAAAGACAGUAAAAGGAUUUUGCAAAGAGCAGGAAGAGAGCAAAGCGUAUGAAAUGCUACUUAGUGAUGCUUUAAAUCUUGGUUAUAAGGAAGUACAAGCACGAUCACUAUUCUUUGGUUUGACUGGUUUCUCCGGUAACGUGAUAAUAAUUUCAGUACUAUAUUAUGGUGGCACACUAGUUAUUAGUGAUGCACUCAGCAUUGGCGCACUGACGUCUUUCAUACUGUAUGCUGCCUAUUCUGCAAUAUCCAUUAACGGGCUCUCCAAUUUUUACACGGAGUUAAACAAAGGUGUAGGGGCAGCUCAGCGUGUCUGGGAAAUACUUGAUCGUCAAUAUUCAAUCCCAUUACAUACAGGUUUCGUACCGAAAAUUCCUCCGCGUGGAGAAAUUAAGUUUGAGAAUGUAUUAUUCAGUUUUCCAUCUCGUGUGGAGAGCAUCAUUUUGAACAACUUCAAUCUCACGCUCCUGCCAGGCGAGACAACUGCUGUGGUGGGGCGUAGUGGUUCAGGGAAAACCACUAUAUCUACAUUGUUGUUGCGUCUAUAUGAUCCGUUACAAGGGCGAGUACUGUUGGAUGGUAUUGAUCUAAAAGAAUUAAAUCCAAUUUGGCUACGUAGUCAUAUUGGUGCAGUAAAUCAGGAACCAACGUUGUUUUCUGGAACAAUACGUGAUAAUAUACUGUACGGCCUUAAUCCCGGCACGAAAGUGAACGAAGAAGCAUUUGCAGAUGCCAUUCGCAAAGCACAUGUUGACGAAUUCGCCUCACAACUACCGAAUGGUCUGAAUACGCUUGUUGGGCAACGCGGAAUGAUGCUAAGUGGCGGGCAAAGACAACGUGUAGCGAUAGCAAGAGCGCUUUUAAAGAAUCCAGCGAUAUUGAUAUUGGACGAAGCAACUAGCGCUCUGGAUUCUGUAUCAGAAGAAUUAGUUCAAAACGCCAUUGAGCAAGUAUCCAAAGGACGAACAGUACUUACAAUUGCGCAUAGGUUAAGCACUAUACGCAACGCUGAUAAAAUAGCAGUUUUAGAAAACGGCAGUGUAGUAGAGCAAGGACGCUAUGAAGAGCUGAUAACAAGUGAAGCUGGUACAUUCAGAGAAUUAGUACGGAAGCAAGCUUUUAUGGUGAAUUCUUAACAGCUUGGGGUUCCUUUUGCCUUAAAUGAUUUUAAUGAACCGAUUUAAUGUUAUCUAUGUUAGUGCAAUAUGACUAUUGAUUUGUUUAAAUUAUUGUAAAUAUGUAUGGUUUUAUGAAUACAUAAGGGUAGCAGAUUGUACAGUUACAGGAUAA